AUGUUGGAGACGCGGUCAAUGCGCGCCGCUGACUCGGUGUGGGCGAGCAAACCACUGCCGGCACCGCACGCCAUGGCCAACGCCAGGCAUGGAAAGAAUGCUCAGGACGAUGUUUGCUACGUCGUAGCGAAAUAUGACUACACGGCGCAGGGUGCGCAGGAGUUGGACCUCCGUAAGAACGAGCGGUACCUGCUGUUGGACGAUUCCAAGCACUGGUGGCGUGUGCAGAACGCGCGCAGCCAGUCUGGAUAUGUUCCCAGCAAUUAUGUCAAGAAAGAGAAGCCAUCACUGUUCGACAGUAUUAAGAAGAAAGUGAAGAAGGGGUCCGGGUCGAAGACGCUGCCGUCGAGCAACUCCCCGGUGCGCGGCGGGGCGGAGUCCCCGGCGUCGGCGCGGCGCGCGGAGCCGGCGGAGGCGCUGGGCACCGCCGUCGUCAAGUACAACUACCAGGCGCAGCAGCCCGACGAGCUCGCCCUCACCAAGGGCACGCGCAUACUCAUACUCGAGAAGAGCAACGACGGCUGGUGGCGGGGGCAGUACCAGGGACACACCGGCUGGUUCCCAUCGAAUUACACGAGCGAGGAGGGCGACAACGAAGACUCCGUACAUACCUACGCAAUGGCGGAAAACGUACUCGAUAUUGUUGUGGCGCUGUACUCGUUCACGUCCAACAACGAGCAGGAGCUGUCGUUCGAGAAGGGCGACCGGCUCGAGAUCAUCGAGCGGCCCGCCGCCGACCCCGAGUGGUACCGCGCGCGGGACUCGCGCGGACACAUCGGGCUCGUGCCGCGGAACUACCUGCAGGAGCUCGCAGACUACCUCACGCAGCCCUACAGCGAGGCGGGCGCGGGUGCGGGCGGGGCGGGCGGCGCGGGCGGGGCGGGGGGCGGCGCGGGGGCGGGGGCGGGCGGCCGCGCGUGGUACUACGGCGCCAUCACGCGCACGCACUGUGACGCCAUCCUCAACCAGCACGGACACGACGGGGACUUCCUCAUACGAGACUCGGAGACCAACGUGGGCGACUUCUCGGUGUCGCUGAAGGCGCCGGGCCGCAACAAGCACUUCCGCGUGCACGUGGAGGGCGGGCUGUACUGCAUCGGGCAGCGCAAGUUCCCGACGCUGGAGCAGCUGGUGCAGCACUACCAGCGCGCGCCCAUCUACACCAACAAGCAGGGCGAGAAGCUCUACCUCGUGCGGCCGCUGCCGCGCGCGCCGCCCGCCUGCUGA